AUGAAUGAAGUGGUAAAAAGUUACACACAAACAGAGCUCAUGGAGCUGGCAAAGGUGUAUAAGCAUGAAGUUGGUGAAAAUGUGCGAGAAUGGUUAUUGCGCAUGUGGGAUGGAGGAGCUGACAGUGUGCAGUUGAAUGCAAGGGAAGCAUUAUGUAUGGGGCAGCUGACGCUGCAUCCACAGCUCAUGCAGGUAUUACGGAGGGUGAGGGAGAUUGGAGGUAAUUUUUCAUUAUUUGAUAUGGUGCGGCAUGCCAUAAUUGUGGCCUUCCCAUCUAGCAAUGACAUUGAGCCCAUUUCACCCUGGUCAAAACCGAGGGAUGCUAUUACCUGCAUUAGAGUUAUGGGUUGUGUGGUGGGAUUAAACAAGGAUAACUGGGAAGGUCCAGACAUGGAGGAAUUCACAGCCAGCAUGCGGUCUCGGUUUUUAAAAAGUGCACCCCAGGAAAUGAAGGCAUCUUUAUUGUCUUUGCUGGGCAGUUUGGGGAAUAAUGUAAAGGUACAUCAGCUCACCAUUUAUUUAGCUGAAAUUGGAGAAUUAGAGUCAGAAUCUAACCCUAGGAAAGGUGUGUUUGCCGCUAACAGGACGAGGGAGGAGAUGGUGGAACCAAUAGAGGGAGAAAAGCAGGGAAAGUUUAGGAACAAAACAAGGCUGAGAGUUAAUCGUUUUCAAAUGUGGAAUGAUUUGAUUGAGGCUGGUGUACCUAGAGAACAAAUUAAUGGAAUUUCAACACCUGCCAUGUUUGAAAAAUGGUUAAAUCUAAAAAAGGGUCUAAUAAAAAG